UUCCUGCAAUCCUCGUCGAAAUGGCACCGCGAUCAUUCUCGCGACUUGCGAGCUGAUUGCGAUCCCGGCGGAUUAUUUUCAGAAUUGGGUCGGGGUGCAAUUUUGGCGAGAGAAAGGGAAAGAGAGAGGGGGGGAGGAGAUGAUACGCGGAAGAAUCACCGCGCGUAAUGUACUUCGGCUUGUUUUUAUUUAUAGAAUAUACCGGCGAUUGUAUGUAAAAGCGGCAGAAUGUUUUGGCUGAUUCGGAUCUCGCGAUCGUGAACGCGCGAUAAUUUUAUCAAACGCAAAAAUAAGAUAAAUAUCUUAAAAUUAAUCUUAGAUCGGCAAGUAAAUAUGUUUUUUAAAUCUUUUGCAGUAGACAUGAUUUAAUCAACGCGUAACUGAAUCGGUCCGAUCGGCUUUCGAUUCGCGAGCGAAUCCAAGUCGGAACGAUAAAAUGCUACAGAAUUAUAAAUCGAUCGUUUCCGGGUCGUUUCCGGUCGACUGCCUAGGUCUCCUUCAGCUUUUCUUUCCCUCUUUACGAAAGAUCGAUUACGCUCGUGUAUGACAACGAUGCGUGUAUAGGAAGUAGGAUGAAACGAAUACGGAGAAUCCCAUUCUUCCUCCCACAAUAUAUGCAUAUAUCAGGUGUCUCGGAUGUAUCGCGUUUUGCUUUCUCGAUGAAAUUUCUAUGAUUUUCUCGAUUAAACUGAUUAAGUUUAAUCCCCCAUGAAAAUGUGGCGCCAAUAAUCUUGCUAUGAAUAUUAAUAAAACCGUUCGGCAGUGAAGGAUUCAUUUGGACAUACAAUUAUUAAGACCUUGUCAUCACGUGAGCAAUUUUUGCAAAGAAUUCUUUUUCUCAUCUUUAUGAUCAUCGAUCUAAAAUCUUAAUUUCAAGGAUGAAACGUCCAAAAUUUAAUUUGAACUUUGAAGAGAGAGGAGAUCAAUUGUGCAAAAUUAAAAGAGAAAGGCCUUGUUCGUUCUGCGGGAAAAAUCGUCUCAGAAUUCACAAAUGAAGAGCGAUAGAUCUGAGUCACUCUAUAUGCACUCUUCCACGCCAGAACAAUCGGACGCUCGUCCGAAGACCUUUAGUCUUUACCCUCUUAACACACGAGACACGCACAUACGCACGGUACGCACGCAACGCUCAGCGGGCAGAGAGAGAGAGAUAGAGAUAGAAAAACGGAGAUAUUCUUCAAUGAACGAGAAUCGACACGCGAAGAGCUUUUCGGCCACCGAUAACGAUUUGGAAGAUGGAGAAAUUCCAUCAGACGAGGAUGAUGAACCAGUCAUUCGUGCGGCGAAUGACGCACCGGAGGUUGUCAAGCCAGCACCAAAGCCAGAUACUGCGAAGAAUAAGAAUUUUGAUGCAAAGUUUAACAAGAACAAAAAGCCGCAGGCUGCACAAGCGGGUGGCAAGCAUGACCGAUUUAUGAAAUAUAAGGGUCCGACUGAAGAUUGGGCUGGAGAUGUCGAAAAGGCUAUAAAAGCUGCGAUGGAGGAGGAUGCAGGGAAGAGUCAAGAAAUCAAAACGAAGAACAAGAACAAUAGGAACAAAGUUAGGAAACGAGUGCGCGAUGAGAGAGAAGAGGAUCGUAGCAAGGAUCAGAAGAAACGAAAAUUGAGCGAUGACGAGAACGCGAAUGAGGAUGAAGAUGAGAUGCUGUUCGUACGAGGAGCUUCACCCAUCAGGAAGGAGUCUCAAGAGAAUAAUUCCCCCAGGCGUACAAACGAGCAUGAGAAUUUUGACAACAAUUCGGAUUACGAGGAAAGGCCCAACAUAAAUCGACAUCGAGAAAAUGACAGCAAACGCGGUACUGGACGUGGAGGAGGUGGAGGAGGGCGUCGUGGUGGCAAGAACGAACGUGGUAAGAAUAAGACACGGGGCCAAAUUCGAAAUGAUCGAAAUAAUCGCCGCCCGCAGAACAAUGAUCACCAGGAUGGGGAUACAAUCUGCGUAUAUUAUAUGCAAGGAAAGUGUCACAGAGGGGAUGAUUGUCCAUUCUCGCAUAACGCUUUGCCACCUAGAAAGAUGGAAUUAUGCAAGUUCUACCUUAUGGAUUGUUGUGCAAAACGAGACAAGUGCCUCUAUAUGCAUCAUGAUUUUCCUUGCAAGUACUUUCACACAGGUUUGCCGUGCAUUCAGGGCGACAAUUGUAAAUUUUCUCAUCAGCCUUUGAACGAUCAGGUAAAAAAUAUUCUUUUGAAACACUUGGAAACUGCACCAAAGGAAAUUCUUGGUGAAUUUCCAAGAUUAAGUAGAGAAGGUGCUAUGAUAAUGAUAAAUAAAACAGCGCGUUCUCUAGCACAAGGCCAAGAUACAACGAAUCAAAAGAUUCCUAGUCUCUUCGAAUUGAAUCUAUCAGUACCUGUAGAAAAGACUGAUGAUAAAGAAGAGAAAGAAGAACAAACAAAUCAGCAAAAAAAUGUGAGGGAAAGAAAGCCUUCUGGAAAGAAGACACGAUGGGGAUCAGAUGAGGACAGAGUUCCUUACGAGCAGAUUAUGCUAUUGCAAUCAGCAAACGAACUUGGUCUUCAACUUCCAAACGCGGCGUUAGGUUUAGCCACGCAACAACAAGCGCAAAUUCCUGCACCUGUAGAUUUUUAUAGCGAAAGAACUGCAGAAUUAAAUAAACCUGAAAAAACAAAAGAAGGUCAUACGAAGAACUUGGAAGAAGAUGUAUCAGAGGAGUCGAAAAAGAGGAAAGAUGUCGACUUGAGGCAGUUAUUGAACGCAAAGAAACUACCACCACCCGUCUAUAGUAUAGCUGAUAAAGUAGCAAGUCUCACGAGAAAUAAACUCGAUGACGAAAGUGAUCAGGAUGAGGAAUCGGAACUUGUUAUCGAAGUGCCAACUGAAGAUGAUGAUAAGGAAAAGGGAAAGCUUAAUAGUAAUGAACAAAGCGAACAACAAUCUCGCGACAUCUCUUCCUUUAUAGAGGAUCACGAGACAGUGCCUUCUCACUUACCAAAGAAGGCGCAAGAAUUGUUUAUGCGAAUACAGCAGCAACAACGCGCAGCUCAGGACAGUUUGAAAAACAUGGAUAACGAUACCAACACACCUAAUGCCGAUCAAAUAAUCGAGGAUUGGUAUUCGGAUGACGAGGACGACGAUGAUGAUGACGACGAGGGAGGUAAUCUUACCAUAGUGGAUAGUUCGAAAGAUGAAAUCGAGUCCACCGAGAAGACUCAGAAUGUCGUUAUCAAAGAAGGCUUCCAGCCUGCGACAUCCACAUCCAACGUACCCCAGCCGGCUGCUAUUGUGGACAAAUUAGGUGACCUGAGCAAGAUAGACAUCAGUGCCGAGGUAUCCAAGUUGCUCUCCACCCUGAAGGCUCAGAGUUCCACAAGUAGCAAGACGCAACAAACGGCAAACGCGAAUCAGGAGGCGAAAACUAAAUCGGUGCACGAAAUAAAAGCGGAGGGUGAGACAUCGUCGAGUCCGAGGCGGUCACCGGGUCCGAGUUCAUCAACCAUGUCCGUAUCCAGGGAUCCACGAAUGUCCCGGGAUCCCAGGCAACGCCGAGAAGUUGAGCAGAAGCCGAGCAGCCCCAGCAUAUCUUCCGAUGUGAAGAGGGAGUCACAGAAGCCCCUCAGGCUGGAAACAAGCAUCUACAGUUCCGGCAUCACCACGGUGGACGCGACCAUGGACAUCGAUCUCCGUACGAGAGCGGAUCAAGAUCUCAGACGGCAGGACAUGGACUUCCGACAGCGUUUUCAGUCUGGUGAUUUCGGCGACACAGAUCUGCGUGUCAAAUCCGACGUGGAUCUGCGGCAGAUAUUGAGCCUGCCGUUCAAGCCGGCGCCCGCGCAUGUACCGUGCACCGAGAUCGACGCAAGUAUCGCGUCGCAUCCGCCGAUGGCAUACAAGGUCUAUGUAGUGGACAUACCCAGACCGGAUUACACUGGUCUCAAGUUAACGAAGAACGAUACGCAGGUCAAGUACGAUCCGCGCCUCCGCAAGAUCUUCCGUAUCUCCAAGCCCGAGCAACUGGCCGACUCGCCGAUGUCGCCACCGCCGCAGAGCGGCGUCUGUAUCAAGCUGGAAACACCGAAAUCGCCGCCGCAGUGUGUUCGCUCGGAUCCGCGACGGAAAACUCUCGAGGCGGCGGCUUCCAGUCAGCAGUCGUCCUCGCAGAAUGUGGCCAACGCUUCGAUGAUGUCCAAAGGGAUGGAGCCAAUGGGACCUAACAUGGGUCUCGGUCCCGCCAGCAUGCAGGUGAGACCUGGUAUGCCCAGCGGUCCGCUGCCCGGCAGCAUGCCCGGUCCGGGUCCUCAGGGUAUGAUGGGCCCGAUGGGUCCAAAUCAUCCGAUGAACAUGGGCAACAUGGGUCCGAUGAGGCCGAUGAUGAACGCUGGACCGAUGCCGCCGCAGAACAUGCCGCCUAUGGGCAUGCCACACGGUCCGACGAUGGGUAUGAAUGGGCCUCCGAUGCCACCCCAGAAUCAGAUGAACUUCGACCCACGUUUCAACGCGCAGCGUAACAACGGGGCUGGAUUGUUAGGUCCUGGGCCGCCGGCCACCUUUGGUCCGGAUAACUAUGAGGGAGGACCUCCUUAUCCUUGUGGCGGUGGCAAUUUCAAUAAUUUUGGAGGACCUGGUGGCGGUGGCGGCGAUCCGUUCGGUCCGAACAGUUCAAACGGACCCAACUUUGGUCCGAUGGGUGGUGACGAUUGGGGCAGCAGGCAGCGCGGCGGCCGUAUCCGUCGGAGAAAUCGCAGCAGGACCAAUAUGGUGACCAAUAAUUAAAAGGUGUACUAGGGAAAGUAGAUUGUGAGCGCCUGAUGAUAAUUCUCACAAGCGAUAGAGUUCGCAUGUGUAUAUAUUAUGCGUGCACGUAACACAUCCGGAAACCAUGUUUCGAAGUCUUUCCAAUUUAUGCAUCAGUAUAAUAUCAAGGCACUUUCUUGCGUAGCUCUACAGAUUUAUUUCUUACAAAUCUAUAAAAAUAUGUAUGUAAAUAUUUAUAAAUAUUCUUUACAAAAAAUAAUUAUCUAUAUGUGUAUCUUUGAUUUAUAUUUAUAUAUAUAUAAAAUUAAAUCUGUAGAAUUGACUCAAGAGGAAGAUUUGAUGAUAUAUUGCUGAACGUUUGACGAUAGUGAUCGAUAGAUUGAGAAUUGUUGAGCGAUUUAGCUUAUUGUACGUAAUUCUUAAAUUAUAUUAAGUAUAAAUGAGAAACUUUAUCGCAUAUAAUGCUCAUACACGUGCAAUUUUCCUUUGGAGUAUCACACGAAAGUCAGUGUAUUCCAACAUUCGGAACAUACCGGAUCCAUCACUCUUGUUUAUAAUUCGUUGCAUAAUUCUCAAGAAUAUUAAUUAGACACGUAAGUCCAUAAUGUAAGAGAUAUUUAUACAUAGACAAUGACGAAUGUGUAUCCACUCGUUUACAAUAAAUAGAUUCUACGAAAAGACACUUAGCACACGUAAGUCGCGCGCCGAAGUAAUUAAUCGAGAAUGAAGAAACGAGCAUGUGAGACGUUCAGCGGACAGAGACGAUUGAAUCGAUAAUUUCGUUGUCUUCCACAAAGUGACAUGUAGACGCCCCGCGGUCUCUCGAGACCCGCGCGUUAUCUCUUUCACGAUUUGGCACCUGCGAUUCGUAAAUCGACAUUGUCCAUUUACGUGUCGCGGAGAUGUAGGGAUUCUAAGGUGAAACUGCAAUAUUUUGUAAAGAAAGAAAUGAAUGUAUACCGAUUUUGCAAAACAUGUAACGAAGUACUUUUCUACGCUUUAAAAAAAAACAGGAAGGUACGCGAGUAUGUGUAGAUUCCAAUAUUACUUCGAGUGAUUUUAUCGUGGGAAUAUGCAAAUCAUGUCGAAGUAUAUAUAUAAUAUUCUGUACUCUCGCACACCUCCGAUGCAGGUUAAUUACUUAGAUCCUUCACUGAUUUUUUUAGUAGUACAGACCUGCGUGUCUGAACUUAAAUGCUCUGCGACAAUGCAGAAAUUUCUAUAGCCGUACGUUAUUUAAGAUCAAUCUAAGAAUAAAUACAGAAUAUUAAGACUUACGCUGAAUUAAAUCUUAUUCGAUGUUAAUCUACAUAUUUUUCUUUAUUAUUAUUGCUACAUUAUAUAUAGAUAUAGAGCGAAAAUUACAUUUGUAAAGAGUAAAGUUUAUUAUUAUAUUAUAUAUAGCAAGAUUUUUGUACAGACGAGAGUUGUUGAUUCAAACGCAAACUUUUCGGUUUGUUUCAAUGAUGUAAAUACCGCUGUAUUAACUCUGUGCACUUUUUAAAAUACAAUUAUAUGGUAAACGUCUAUAUAUGAGAAAUGGAAAAUUUUUGUACAAUAUACGACCUAUAUGAAAA